GAUCAAACAUAACUUCAUUCAAAGUAAAAGAGUUACUCUCCUCGAUCGGAGGAAGAGUUUCCAGCUUCUCCAUAAAUCAGUCUCCUUCUUUACACUCUCCUUCCCACUUCUCCAGCUUUUCCUCUCUCUCUCUCUCUAGCCUCUCUUUUUUGUAGCUAGCUAGCUCCCUGCUACAAGCUAAUCCCAGCACGCUUCCAUAGAGUGGUGAUCUACGGAGACAGGAAGAUGAGUCUCUCUCCUAGAGAUUUUCUCUCUAUCACCUUAUCUUCUUUUGUGUAAUCCCCUGAGCCAACAAACACUAAUAACUAAAGAGAAGAUCUUUCUUUCUCAUUCUUGAGUCUUUUCCUACAAUGGCUGUUCCAAAGGAGGAAGAAAGUAGAGAAGAACAGAACACUUCCUUUCUUCUUGAUGCUCUCUACUGUGACGAAGAGAAAUGGGAAGACGAAGAAGAUGAAGAAGUAGAAGAAGUUGAAGACAACUCUUUCUUUUCUUCUGCUUCUACUUCUUCUCCAUUGGUUCUUCUGCAGCAAGAUUUGUUCUGGGAAGACGAAGAUCUGGUCACACUCUUCUCCAAAGAAGAAGAGCAAGGACUCAGCUGUGUCGAUGAUGUUUAUCUCGCCACGGAUCGGAAAGAAGCCGUGGGUUGGAUUCUGAGAGUCAACUCUCAUUAUGGGUUCUCUACUUUGGCAGCUGUGUUAGCCAUAACUUACCUCGACAAGUUCAUCGCUAGCUACAGCUUACAGAGAGACAAACCAUGGAUGCUUCAGCUCGUUUCUGUUGCUUGUCUCUCUCUAGCUGCUAAAGUCGAAGAAACCCAUGUCCCUCUUCUUCUAGACUUUCAAGUGGAGGAGACAAAGUAUGUGUUUGAGGCAAAAACCAUACAGAGAAUGGAGCUGCUGAUACUGUCUACUCUCCAAUGGAAGAUGCAUCUCAUUACUCCAAUCUCGUUUCUUGACCACAUCAUCAGGAGACUGGGGCUAAAGAACAAUGCUCACUGGGAUUUCCUCAACAGCUGCCACCGUCUCAUCCUCUCUGUAAUCUCUGAUUCAAGAUUUGUCGGGUACCUCCCAUCUGUUGUUGCUGCAGCUACCAUGAUGAGAAUCAUAGAGCAAGUUGAGCCCUUUGACCCUCUUUCGUACCAAACUAAGCUCCUCGGUGUCCUGAACAUAACAAAGGAAAAAGUGGAAACUUGCUACAAUCUCAUCCUCAAGUUACGCAUCAGCUCACAGUUCGAAACCCAAUCUUCCCGGAAACGCAAGAGUGGCGAAUCACCAAGCUGCGUGAUCGAUUCAAACCCUUUCAAUAGCGACGAGAGCUCAAACGAUUCGUGGUCAACGAGUUCGAACAAUCUUCCACCAUCGUCUUCUCCGCAGCAGCAGCCCCCGUUGAAGAAGAUGAGAGGAUCAGAUCAAGAGACGCAGAAGGAGAAACCAGUUUUGCAUCUUCCAUGGGCACUCGUAGCCACUCCCUGAGCUCGUGUUCUGUUAUUACGGGUUUUAUCGUUUAUGUUAUUACAAAGUCUUUUAAAUUUUAGAACAAUCUUUGUAUUAAGUUCCACAUUGCAUGUAGGAAAUGUCGCGGAUGCCCUUACUUUGCAAGGCAUGUGUGGAGGGUAUUCAUGACAUUUGACGGCAUGGGAUGUGAAUAUGUGAUGAAGAGAAAAUAGAAAUAAUAGUAUUUGCGUAAAUUUUGAAGCUUUUUUGCAAUCUUUGUGCCUUAAUCUACGGUGUUAUUAAUGUAUUAAAUAUGUUUACAAUUUGUAACAAUUAAUCCAACGAACUCGAAAAACUUAAAUAGCCAUAUAGAUAUUGAGAUGUUAAGAGCAACGUGU